AAUAAACGAUGCCGAACUGUUCAUGUCCUUGGGCGAAUCCGAUUUCAUGCGCCUUAAGUUAUCAACCAGAACCAUCCACAUAAUUCUGAAAAUCCAGAAAUCGAUUGCUGCUGAUGAUAUCAUAGAGGAAGAAUACUUGGAACACGAUGAAGAAGCUGCGAACAUCACUGAAGAGAUCGCGGAUCCGGACACUGGGCCUGACGAUGGCAAUGAUUCGACACAGAAAUCGAACGACGAAACAAAUCCGUUCACUGGAAUAAUCAUGGAACAGGAAAUUGACAUAAACAUUGUUUUGGCGAGAACCAGCGAAGGACGGGACCUGAUGGAGAUCCUUCAGGAGAACAAAAAACCGAACGACAAGACAAUUAAACGGAUUACUCACUUUCUGUGUGAGUUUUUGAAAUCAAACUACGGAGUGCGCGCAUCUACGUUUUACAAAGAUCUGGUUGCCAAAUCGUUGGUUAAAUCGUACCCAAUACUGGCGUCAACGGUUUCAGAUGUACCACAUGCAUUGUGGUUUUACCUGAACGGAAGAGGCGAUGGGAAACAUGCUGGUAAAAUCCAUUACCAUAUGGAGUACCUGGCUAAACAAGCUGACACACGAGUGUUCCGUAGGAAACCCACAAAAGUUAAUGCAGACCGGGAUGAUCUUCCGAGCACUGAACCGCCAGAAAUCGAUCUCUACUCAAUGGUAGAAGAACUCAAGUUUGUAGUCCCAGUGCCUGAAAACAGGAAGAAAAUUGAUGAGUUAUGGGCGGCCACUUUCAACUACCGGUCACAGUACAGGGCCAAUCAGGACUUUCAGUCUUUCCUCGAAGAAUUUCCAGUUAGUACGGCUUUUGAAGGAGAAUUGGUGCAAUAUGAUUUCGAAAGGAUUUUCAACAAGACCGUGGAUUUUGAAGGGCAAUGGCAUACGUGGCAAGAAAAAUUGCUUAAAACGUACAAACAUCUUUUUCGAGAAAUUACCAGUGAUUUCUUGAGAGCACUUGCAAUCGUGCGAUCCAAAAAUCCAACUCGAGGGUCGAAGCGUGUACACGACGAAGAUGCUGUGAAGGAUAAUCCUUUGAAGGGGUUGAUCACCUGGAUUAAGCUGGACGACCCACUCCCCACCGACCAGAAGAUUCCGGUUCUUGUCAUCAGAGGGAAUACCAUGUCUGAAGGAGAACAACGCUUCGUUUCGUGGAACGGCAUCAAUAUGCCUGUUGGCGGUGAUAUCGUCAGAGCAUUCAGCACGUUUUGUCAAUGUUUCGAUGUAUUCCGGACCGCAUGUGCUCCAAGCGAUAAACAAUUCAUUAUGUUUUUCAGGGCGAUUGUUUUCUCUGUUGAUAAAAUUUCAACAACAGGGGAGAAGUUUGUAAGAUCAUUGCAAGAAUAAGUGAGAAAAACGAGUAAAAUCUGUAACUAUUCGUAAUUUUAACACAAAACAGCGAAUAUGUAUGAUAUGUAAGAUCAUUGCAAGAAUAAGUAAGAAAAACGAGUAAAAACUGUAACUAUUCAUAAUUUAAACACAAAACAGCGAAUAAAAAGUAUUGGUUAAAGAGUCUAAAUUUUUUAUUACAAAACAAAAACCAUUUUGUUUUUCAAUAUUUAUUGACGAAAAUCAGUAAAAGCAAAUCAUUUGUAAAUAAUGGUUUACCGAGAUCACGGUAAUGGUAUGUUUUAUUUUACGAAUUUUCGGUAAAGAAAAAGCCGACAUCUCGGCAAACAAUUGCCGAUAUGCCCGGUAAAAUUUGACAGAUGAACUUUAGAAACAUUUGCCGUGUGCUCGGCAUUUUGAACUUUUACCGAAAUUUUUAACGAAAUCUCGGCUGUUGGAUUCUCGGCAAUUUGUUUUACCGGCCUCGGCGAAAUAAUUUAAGUGUGUAGGGUAAAAACACUAGACUUCGCUCCCCUAAAAUUCUGCACUAAUCUUUGCCACUUCAUACAUAACAAAAUUGAAUUUGUAUGGAGGGGGCGAAGACUAGAGCAGUGGCGAAGUCUAGAGCUUUCACCGUAUGCUCUAUGUUUGCGACUAGAGUCAUUCACUCCUCUACGGGACAGCAUGCCAUCGAACCACAACAGACAGGGCGCAGUGAUUCAGGCUUCAGGCCUGUGGUUCUCGAAGCGCCACCCAUUUCGGCCUAAUUACGAUGCAUCAUGUCGAAAAGUUUACGAGUCAGUCUAACAACAACCACCACCAGCACCCGCGCGCUCUCUGCUGGCUGGAUGGGCUCUGACUGAACAUUGAAGCGAAAUGGCUCCAUCUGGGGCGACAACAACAAUGGUCGAACCAGUUGUAGUGUUUAGUGGCAUUUGACAUCGCCGUGGCUGGGUGGCGCGCGGAGGGGAGGGGUCAUAUAUGGUUGCAAAAAGGAUAAUAACAUGUCGUGUGUGUGUGUUUUUUUUUUUGCGUGUUGUAGGUUGGACAAAUUGAUUCCGGGUAAUGCGUAAUAAUUAUGCGGUUGAGUGGUUGAAAAAAUGAUGGUAGAUAUGUUAUGUCGUCAGGACUGUUGAGUGCAUAAAAUGUCAAUUGGUGAAAUAACGAGGGCUUGUCGUUUAAUUUCCCUGGAAUGGCUUCAUUCCUCUGUGAACACAGGUUUUUAUUGAUGGCAGUGUGUAAUUUUAUAUCUGUUAUGUUAUAUGUAAAUGGCAGAAAGUACUUUCCAUGUUUUUGUGCAUUUAGAAAAUGCAUACAACACUGAACAAAACUAGAACAACAUGUGAAAAAGGCAAAACUCCUUCACUCGAACUUCAUUUAUUCAUGUAAACUAUCUAAAUAAACUCUAAAGACGUCAACUUACUGUUCAGUACGCUGUAUCUAAGAAAGGAAUACACCAAUUGUGGAGACGCAUGGUAUUCUACUUGGUGUUGUUGGUAGGGUUCCUCACUAGGGAUAGUAGAACAGAGUGCACAGAUCGCACUCAUUAGUAGAAUAACUAGCCACAGAAGUCCAAUGCCGCGACAGUUUGUGUGACUAACAUCUAGUUUGCCACGCCCUUACAGCGUCAGCAGCGGUACUAUAAGUGUCAAGUUAAUUUUGUUUACAAUAACAAAAGGUGCUCUACAAGAUGGACACUUGAAAGUAGUAAAUUAUUGCAAUUAAAGUUAUUAAAAUAAUUAAAUACGAAAUAUGACUACAGCGCCAUUGGAGUUCUAGUGUAUUUCUAUUCACUCAUUAAAGCGAAGCAUCUUUAGAUCCACGAAGCCACCAAGAAACGCAGAUAGGCCCAUGAGAAUUCAUUUUGCAAUAUCAGCAAAAGCACCGUACCAAUUCAGUAAAGUGGCAAAAUGGAAAAAAGAUAAACAUGAUUUCAGAUUUCCACGCCCAUCGGCAAUGUUCCACACUUCAAUCGUUGUCGUUGUGCGCUCGCUCAUCUUGAAAAUUUCCGUCAUCGUCGUCGUCUUCACUUCACCAGAAGCAUCCCAAAUUCUGGGUACAGCCUAUCAUCUACCGUACCGGUAUAAUCGAACUCAUUUCAAAAUGAAGAGGAGGAAAUAACCUGUGUGCGUGUUCGACUUCCAUUUCCAGCGGAGGAAAAUUAAUAACCAACGCUAUUCGAAGGAAACCGAAAUUGAACAAUUUCCAGCUAAAUUGCUGCUUCAAUAAUGUGGAUCAUUGUUGGUUUGAAAUUUCGGUAACGAUACGAGCUGUGGUGUAUGAUACCGCUGUGCCGGUGCGAUGGUGGAGCAUAUUUAUCCUAACAUGGACAAUCAACUAUGACAAGUUGCGCUAUCAAAUUUCUGUCACGCGAUCAUCGCAACCGUGGAUGUGAUGGCUUUAUCGCGCGCGCGAACUGGGACAGGUCCGACAACCUUGCAGCAGCAGCGCGGUCCGGUAGUGACCCCGUGGAAACAUCACCCACAUCGUAUGAUAGACAUUGGCGGUGGUGGUGCUGUCGAUGUUGACCAUUUUGUAGUUUAUAGUUCAGGGCUUAGAGCGAUUCGAAACCACACUCAGCUGGUGCACCAUUCAAUUUGUGAUAAACUGGUCGAUAUUUACGUGACACGCGCUAUCUUCUUGCACGUUGUGUAUUGCUUGUCACUUGACAUAUCUAAAUACAGUGAUAACCUAACGGUCGCUUCUGGAUAAACGCGCGGCAGUUACUAACCAGAAAAGAGUAACCUGUGACCAUAGGAUGCACAAUGAGUUAUAUGAUAUUUUGGGCUGCUAAAUGGUUAGUCCACUACGGGAAGCGUCCAACAUAGCUCUGGUUCUCACAAGUUCUUUCCUUAUGCUUGCACAGCCGAGAAGCCAUCGGCGCGACAGAUUUGGCCAAAGAAAUCAUCGAGUUUUUCGGGAGACCCCGAAGAUUGGCCACUAUUCUAUAGCAGUUACGAAACGGGAAAUACUACUUGUGGAUUUUCAAAUAUCGAAAACAAGAGUGCCUUCGCGGACCGGCUCGAGAGGCGGUUCUGACAAAGCUUAUGUUUCCUCACAGUGUCCCUUC